AUGACGCUCUCCAAAGGUUCGCCUUCCAGGCCGUGUCUGCUCGCUGCUCGCCUCGUCCCUCUCUCUCCUCGUCCCUCUCUCUCCUCGUCCCUCUCUCUCCUCCCCCCUCUCCACGCCUCAUCCUCUCUCUUUCCCUCUUCUCUCGUACCGACGCGUCGCGUGCUUAGCUCCACUAGCCUCGCGUAUUUGGAAGCGCGCCCUUUCUCCAAUGUCUCGACCCGCCAUUCGUCUCCCUGCACCACCGUCCUUGAAAGCGUGCGUUUCGUGCACUUGCCUCUCCCACUUCUCUUUUCCCCAACCCACGACUCCCCUCCUCACGCACCGACAUCCGUGACAUUCUCCGUGGUAUACGCGCCGGUGAUCGGAUUCGCGUGGCUGCUGCUGGGAGUGGGCUUCGUGCUCUUCCUGGUGUCGCUCUUCCUCUUCUGCCGCGCGCGCUGGGACGAGAUGCGCGACCCCGCCGCGCACGUGUACUCGCCGCAGAACAUCUCGCUAUUGCUAUACGCGCUCGUCGUCGGCGCCAUGAUUGUCAUCACGGGAUUCGGCCUGAUGAUUGCCGGGAGCGUGCAGCUGAACGACAGGCUGGGCGAAAUUGGCGACUACACGAUUAAAGUUACCAACGCGACGACGACGGCGGUGUACAACGUGGCGUCGGCGAUCCAAGUCACCGCGGGCACGCGAAUCAACGACCAGCUCUUGCAGCCGGAGCAGCGGCUGCAGAUCUUCGAAUUCUCCAAGAGGGUGACGUCAGCGGCGCUGGAGCUAAACGACAAAAUAACGAACAGUGACUCGGAGCUGCGAGACUUCGGGAAGAAAAUGUCCAUCACUGUGUUUGUCGUGGGGUGCAUCGCCUUUGCCUUUGUGGUUCUCACUGUCGUGGCGGCCAUACUCCAGUGGGCCACCUUCUCUCACGUCAUGUGCACGCUCGUGUGGGUCACAGCCUUGGUCACCUGGUGCACUGUGGCCGUCUUCCUCACUGUUGUCACAGUCAGCGCAGAUACAGAAUCAGCAGUGAAGGAAGUGACGCUGUACCCAUCCCUCAACACCGCAUUCAGCCGCUGGGUACCGUGCCUCAACGCCACCAAGCUCGGCGACGCGGCUAGAUUCGCCCGCUUUGCUGCCUAUGACGUCAUCACCUUCACCAACGCCAACAUUCAGGGCACAUACCCCAAGCUGUUCACCCGUCUGAACGCGUCAGCAGGCGUCUGCUCGCCCUUCGGCCCGGGCCCUGACUAUCUGUACAACGACACUGCCUGCCCGCCCAACUCCAUCUCCUUCCGCCAGUUGAAAGACCUGCUCCCCGAGGUCACCUGUCCGGACGCAGGCUGUCCCAGGGGCAAGGAUGGGAAGCCGCCAUUGGACAUGGUGCCAGCAGCAGUGGCGAAGGACGUGCGCCUGGCAUGGAUCUCCGUGGACCGCCUGGAUGGCUCCGUGCCGCUCGUGGCCGCCCUCUCCAACUGCUCGCACGUGUCCAGUGUUGCCAAGUAUGUAGGUGGGGCAGCAGCAGGAGUGCAGAGCGCGGCAGUGCUGCUGUGGACGGGAGCCAUGGUGCUGGCUGUGGGAGCAAUGGUGGUGGCUGUGGCGGCUCCCCUCUAUGUCUUCCGUGCCAUGCGCUGCCUGCCCGAUGGGGGCAAGGGCGACAACAGUAUGUACAAGCAACAAGACGACCCCACCCUUUCCUCUGUCAUGGUGGGACCUCCAGUCCUAGCCUACGCCGCAGGCUCGGCAGCAACCCAUCAUGCCUUACAGCAGUCCUCCGCCCAAUCCUACCCCCAAAGCUCCUCCCAACCCUACCCCCAAAGCUCGACCCAGCCUUACCCUCCCCCACCCCCACCAUACUCAUUCGCCCAAUACACAGCUCCACCCACCUCCGACCCUCUCGCUCCUCCCGACCAAUCACAUGCUCACACACAAGCCUCGGAAGCCGAGCCUUUGGCUCGGGAUGCCUCAAUGCCUCGAGACGAAUCAUUGCCGUACGACCCGUCCUUCCCACGCGAUUCCUCCCUUGUCAACGAUUCGUCCCAGUCGGCCCUCAUACAACCUCAAAGUGAUGCGUCGGGGAGAAUAACUGCAUCUGCCCACCCGGGUAACACGGUGCAGGGAGGAGGGCGGAGUACCGUGGGGGGAACUGGUGGGAACAACGCAUCUUCCAUCAUGUUCUUCUUCGCGCCCGACCCCAUCUCGCUCGCCGUCAGCUCGGCGACGGGUCUAGCGGUUUUCGUCAGCCUCUUCACAUCCUACUUGAACCCUUGGGACGACGACGACGACGCGCAGCAACACUGGCAUUUCCCGCCGAAAGAAUCCGCGGAGGCGCGUCGCGUCCGCUGGGCGCGCCACAUCCGGCAGAGAUUAAAGACAUUGGUGGCGCUCGAGGAGCGCGUGCAGGGCAAGGCGCCGUGCACCGCGGAGCAGCUCAUUCGCGAGAUUCGCUCCGCGCGUAAGAGAAACCGGGGGUGCGAGCCUCAGCUGGCGGCAGCGGUGGCGGCGGCGGCGGAAGUGGGGGAGCGCGAGCUCGUGCGCCUGGCGCUGGUGCAGCUGCUGGUAGAGUCGGGCCCGCCCCCCGCGCUCUGCGCCAUUCCGGAGGCGGAGGACGACACGGAGGAAGCGGACUAUUGGGGGGAGGCAGAAGAGGCGGAAUACAACAGCGGCGUGCGCUCCGCGCUGCUGCGUAGAAACAGAGGUUUGAGUGAAAAGUCUUGCGGGGGUUGCGCGCAGCGGGGGCCGGCGGAGGAAUUUGUGGCGGCGGUGGCGGAGAUGGAGGGCGCGGACCCCGUGUUCGCGCUGGGCCCACGGUACGCCACGCGGCGCGUAGUGCGGGAAGCGCUGGCGCUGCUGUCGGAAGGCUCCGCAGUUUCGCGCUGCGACGGCUGA